UCUCUGCUACGGUUCAGGUCAAAGACGCGCAUAAUCAGAAGUCGAAAUAAAUACCAGUCAACAGACGUCAAUGCGGUUUCUCGAUUCGUCAUCAGAAGGAAUGGAAGACCGUCCUUCGCCUUCCGGAGGUUUCCUUCGCAGCCCCGGACACGCAUCUAGAAUCCAUAGUAUUGAAGCCAUUCUGGGGUUUAAGGAUGAGAACAUUUUUCAUCAGCCGAUCUCAUCAAAUGUCCCGGCAAGAUUCACGAAAGACACUGAGCGCAGGAGGAAAUGUAAGGUGGCCCCCCCUCUUAAGGGUCAUGAGUCCGAAGGCUUUCAAAGUGCGUGUUGUGCAAGCAGUUCUGGAGCAAGUCCCGAUUUACCUGAAAGGGAAUGCAAAUUUUCCGGAGAUGAUAACCCAAAGAAGAAACACAGACGCAACAGAACCACAUUUACUACUUUUCAACUUCACGAACUCGAGAGAGCCUUUGAGAAGUCGCACUACCCCGACAUAUACAGCCGGGAGGAGCUUGCGCUCAAGGUCAACCUGCCGGAGGUCCGUGUUCAGGUGUGGUUUCAGAACCGAAGAGCCAAGUGGAGAAGGCAGGAGAAGCUGGACGUUAGCUCCAUGCGCUUUCCAGACUCUCCCAUGCUGACCUUCAGCAGAUCUCCGCAGCCGCCUCUUAGCUCUCCGGCCCUGCAGCUGGAACCUUGGCUCAGCCCUGGCGUCUCCACCUCCACCACCCUGCAGUCCCUUUCAAACUUCAUCACGCCACCCCACGGGCUGCCCAACAAUUACCCCCCACCUCCUUUCUUAAAUUCUUCUUCUGUCGGACACAGUUUAUCACAUAUAGGUACCGUGUGCCUGCCUCCCUCCUACCAAUGUGCAGGAUUUAUGGACAAGUUUUCCAUGGAGGAGCCAGAUCCCCGCAAUUCCAGCAUUGCCUCACUGAGGAUGAAGGCAAAGGAGCACAUUCAGUCAAUAGGAAAGACGUGGUAGCAUCAUGCAGGCAUCCUGCUGUGACUGGCCACUACUGAUAGCUGACUGUAAACAGAACCUCUACAUCAAUGUUUCCCAACCCUGUCUUUGGGGUCCCCAGACAGUCUGGAGUUCCCUGAGGACCGAGGACAGUCUGUUGGUCCCCAAGGACCGAGGACAGCCCGGAGGUCCACGAGGACCGAGGAUAGCCUGGAAUUCCCCGAGGAUCGAGAACAGCCCGGAGGUCCACGAGGACCGAGGACAGCCUGGAAUUCCCCGAGGAUCGAGAACAGCCCGGAGGUCCACGAGGAGCGAGGAUAGUCUGGAGGUCCCUGAGGACCGAGUUCGGAAACACUGUUCAACAUUGUUAAAUUUGAUCUUAAUGGAUUAUUUUUGUGGGCUGAAAUAUUUUGUAUGGAAAAAAUGUUCUUUUGUAGAAAGAAAAUGUUCUGAGAAAUAAUAUUUAUAUACUGUAUAUGAUGUAUAUUAAAUUGGAGCUUUGUCACACACAAGUUUUGUUGUUUGGUGUACAUAAUAGCAUUCAUUUUAAACAAGGUGGAAUGAUGGAAAAAUAAGAAUUCCAUAAAGGUCUGAGUGGAAUGGCGUGUAUCAGUAUUACUGUACACAAUAUAGCCAUUGUGUUAUCAGACACUGUGUUAUUUUCAUAUUACAUCCCAUAGGUGGAAUAAGGUGAACAACCUUAAAUUAAUUACGCUGUGGGUCCUUUGAA